CUUUUAUUAAUGCCAUUGAGACUUUGAAAUGCUAAGGGGACAUAAAGUUUUAUGUUAUUGUAUUUCAUCAUGAUUAAAUAUUCUUAUUUAUUUAUUUAUUUAUUUAUUUAUUUAUUUAUUUAUUUAAUGUAUAUGACUGUACUGUAGCUGUCUUCAGACACACAAGAAGAGGGCAUCAGAUCCCAUUACAUAUGGUUGUGAGCCACCAUGUGGUUGCUUGGCAUUGAACUCAGGACCUCUGGAGGAGCAGUCAGUGCUCUUAGUGCUCUUAAACACUGAGCCAUCUCUCCAGCCCAUGAUUAAAUAUUUUAUUACAUUUUUUGUAGUGUGCGUGCAUGUAUGAGAGAGAGAGAUGAGAGAGAGAGAGAGAGAGAGAGAGAGAGAGAGAGAUAUGGAUGGUGGGGGUGGUCAGAAAUUGAGUCUGUUCUGUCCUUCCACAAUGUAGAUUCUGGGGAUUGAACUUAGGUCUUCAGUGUAGGCAGGAAGCACUUUUACCCACUGCCCACUGAGAUAUCUCACUGGCCCACAAAUAUUCUCCAAACCACGGAGCAGCAACAGACUUGUAGCUUUAAAGAAAUUAUUUAACAGCAGUUGUCUUGGCGGUUCCUUUGUUUAUGAACUAAGAUAGAUGCAAUUUUCGCAUUGUUCUACAAAUAUAGAAAGAAUACUCUGCAUCCUGUCAUAAAUCCAGGGCAAACUAAGCUAUUGAUUUAGCUUCACAGGUCUGGGGAGCACGCCUCGACCACUCGCCUGCCUGCACCCGUAUAAUCGCAAACAAGGGACCCGGGGCAGCAGCGUCCUUAUAGACAAAUGGGAAAAAGGAGGUUUUUAAGGGCAUUAGAUUAGUAUUAUUUUUCUAAACCAACUAGGAAGAUGUUUUAGCUUGCAUAGAUCACAAAAGUAAAGUAAAGGAGCCAUUCCGAAGGAAGACACGGGGCUGCGAUGAUAGCUCAGUAGAGGAGCCCGUGCUGGCUUGUCCCACGUGCACGGACGGGGCUCCGAGUUAGAUCCCCAGCACCACAAAACAAAAAAGCAGAAUAAAACAAGAAAAGCCACAAAACAAAACAGUAGCCCACAGCAGAUGCUGUUGGACAGAGCUCAACCUUCUGCCUCCAAGGGCUGCCUCUUUCCUCCCUGCCUAGACUUCAUCUCCUGGGCUCCCCUCUGGAGGGGCUGUGUAGCUGGGCAGCUGGGUCCUGCACAGUGGGUUCUGCACAGACCACGCACACAGGCACAGUGGACUAGCUUCAGCUUCAGCGAAACAGGAGGAGGAUGCAGCAGAACGAAGGCUCCGUCUAGGACCUAACCCAGCAGCAGCCCGAGUCCUCUUCACAGUCAUGGUACUUAGCUCUAGGAUCUGACUCAGAUGCUUGUCCGUGACCGUCUUCCAUUUCAGCAGAAUGUUCGUCAAGUAUAACUUUUUUUUUUUUUUCCGGAGCCUAUAUUUUCUGCUGGCAAAUAUGACUGGGAAAUGCUUGCACAUUGCAGCUAACUUUCAGAGCCCCGGGCCCUCACUGGCAUGUUAAAGGCUGUGGGAAACCUGUUUCAUCCAGGGCUAAAACAUUUUUGCUCAGUGGAUACUCUUGCAGGGUAUAACUGUUCUUAUGGGCUCGAAAUAUCUGGCAUCCCACAGGGAGAAAUUCUUCCCAGAAGCCCGAGCAGAGCUCAAGAGAAGGGGAGAGGUGGAGAAAUGAAGAGAAAGUUAUCAUUUGCUAAAACAAACCGAGCGUUUGACCUGUUGCCUAGGGCAGGGCUCUGAAUAAGGGCACUCUGUCGAUUCCGUGGAUAGAGACCAGGAUGAGAAUGCUGAGUCAUUUUCCCCAGGCUCAGAUGCCUCAAACCAAAAGGAUAAGACAUCUUACUGAAAUACGUACCAUUCAGACUGCAGCGGAAUAUGUAAAAUCUCGACUCCCAGAGGCUCUUAAGCAGCACCUUCAGGAUUAUGAGAAGGACAAAGAAAACAGUGUUCUGACCUACCAGACCAUCCUCGAGCAGCAGAUCUUGUCAAUUGACCGGGAAAUGCUGGAAAAGUUGACAGUCUCCUAUGAUGAAGCAGGCACAACGUGUUUGAUCGCUCUACUCUCAGAUAAAGACCUCACCGUGGCCAACGUUGGUGACUCUCGGGGAGUCUUGUGUGACAAAGAUGGCAAUGCCAUCCCCUUGUCUCACGAUCACAAGCCUUACCAGCUGAAGGAAAGGAAGAGGAUAAAGAGAGCUGGUGGGUUCAUCAGCUUUAAUGGCUCCUGGAGGGUCCAGGGAAUCCUAGCCAUGUCUCGAUCCCUGGGAGACUAUCCACUGAAAAAUCUCAACGUGGUCAUCCCAGACCCAGACAUCUUGACCUUUGACCUGGACAAGCUGCAGCCGGAGUUCAUGAUCUUGGCCUCAGAUGGCCUGUGGGAUGCUUUCAGCAAUGAAGAAGCGGUUCGAUUCAUCAAGGAGCGCUUGGAUGAGCCCCACUUUGGGGCCAAAAGCAUCGUCCUGCAGUCCUUUUACAGAGGCUGCCCUGACAACAUCACUGUCAUGGUGGUGAAGUUCAGGAAUAGUAGCAAAACAGAAGAGCACUGAACCCUGCCAGAUCUCAGCUGCCCCAAACUAGAGGACUCUCAACAUACUGUUCUCUUCAUGUAGUAAAAGGUGUGGGUAUAAUUAGGAUCAUGCGUCCCAACACAGAACCCCCUUCCCUGAUGGCCUUGAAUCCCUUUGGAGUACUGAGCAGAGGGUUCCCUUGCUGACACCGCAGAGGCUGCUAAGUUUGUGUCCCCCCAGCCCUUCUAUCAGUGUUUGAAACACAUACAUAGGUAGCCACAGAUCCCACAUAUGAGGCAAAGGAAAGGCAGGCCAUAUGUUUUCCUUCUUAAUAAUGUACUUUUCAUGAUCUCUUCUGUGGUCCUUCAGGGACCUGACUUGGCGUCCUCUCUGAACCUGGGCAGGGCAAGCUGGUGAUGCCAACACUUCACCAUGACAAUGAGGUGGCCAUGCCCUCUGCCUUGAAGCAGUUUCCUCAGAAAUGCUCUCCCCUUCUGAGUCUUGGUCUUCAGUACUCCAGCAUCCUGGAAGGAGACAUGCAACACUUUGUAAUUUGUUGCCUGCUCUUAGAGACUUGAGAGUUGGGAAGCCAGUGCAGCUUCCUGCACGCCAGACCUCCCCGCUUCCGCUCGCUUCCUUCAUUAGUUCAGUAGAGUCGGGAUGCAGUUAGCCAGCCCUUACGCCUCUCAUGGAGUGCAGCCUCGCCAUUUGUUCACACCUUACGAUGCAUCGAGGGCUGCCGCUGACCUCACCGUGAGACGUGAGUUUUUGUCUCCCCUCACCAAGACUCCCCAGAGAGGGGAGGAAGCAGGACGGAAAGCACAUCGCAGUACAGUAUGCCCUUCCAUCUUCAAGGAGGAAUUAGGCUGGGAUGGUUCUCCAUGACCUUUUGAAAAUUGCUGUCUGCACUGGAGAGGAAGGCAGGAGUCCUGGGGUCACCAGUCACACUCACCAACUGCUGGUUUCUGCACAGCCCUUCCCAAGCCCACCCUACCUAGUAGCUUUCAUGCCUUUCAAACAGAGGUGGGAGAAACAGCAACCUAGAAUCACCCACGGGUGCUGUUCCCAGCUACCACCACAAGUUGGUAUCGGGGCGCAAACUACUGGGACGUGCUUCCUGGCAAGAGAAAGACCUUUCAUGGUCAAUUGCAAAUCUCUGUCCAUACCCAGGCAAAUAGGAACUGUCUGCUGUGACCUGGAGGGAAAGAGCAGACUGGCUCCUGGGGACCUGUGUGCACUGGUUGGGAGUUCAAGCAGGAACCCUCAGAGAUAAGCAGCAGAGUUAUUUGGGGCCUAGAUUACUGCUCUUCCCUUACUAACACCAAAGUUGUGGGGGUUUUUUUCCCAGUCUCUGUACUUUGUAAGUUAAUUUAUAGGACAUAUUAGAUUGUCCUGUUUGCUGAUUGAACCAGCCCCAAAGAGCCACGAUUUUCAUUGCAGACCUACACCAGAGCCGGCCUUGUUUUGUUCUCUCAGAGAGGCUGUGUGUCGGCAUGACUUCUCAAGCCCUGCUCAUUAGCUCUCCCUACCCCGGCCCUCUCCUUCAGCUGCAGAGCUUGUAGGAAGCCGAGUCUGGAGAAUGAAAGACUUGGACUCUGAGGACUGCAAACUGUCUGGAUUCCUCUGGGAACUUGCUUUCCUUUGGCUGCAUCAAGAAUUAAUAAUGGCUUCCCAGGAAAUCUGCUUACUUUUGUAUCUUGUGUUUUCAACAUUGGAAUUAGGGUCUUUUCUGCUUCUCAGAAUGUUUUAGUACAAAACACAUUCUAUCAUGUUAGACAGAAGCAUUGAUUGUGGAGAGACGUGCACUGAUGGGUGUGUAUUAUGGGUUAGGUGGGUGGGGAACAGAGAAGUCAGGUGUGGGUUUAACCAGUGAUGGGAUGAGCUUGUUGGCUUAGGAUGCUCUUACCAGAGAGUACCCAAAACCCAUCUUCUAACUAAAGGUCCAGACUCAACAGCCUAUACAGUCAACUUCCCUUCUGUAUUUGCUUAACACAAAAGUAUAUAACAAGAGGAAAAAAAUAAAUAAAUUUGAGACACAAAUGUUUGGGUGAAGAAAAAAAGAAAACUGCCAAGUUAGUUGGUUGGUACUCCUUGAGCAAGCAGGGUUUCUUAACCAGCAUUGCUGAACCCCCCUAGUUCCAGAGCCUUCUAACUGAGGUUUAUAGAUAUAGAUAUUAUAGAUCGAUCUUGUACAUUUGAUCUUGAUUUAUAGAUCUUGUACAUUUUGCUUUGCAGAAGUAACUUAUUUAACCAAAUAGGAAAAAAAAAAGAAUAUAUUUCACUCCUUUCUUGCCUCUUCCCCCCUCCCGUGGCUUGUAGACUUUUUUAAAGAUAGAAAUUCUAGGCAAAAUGGUAGUAUUUUGAUAAGUAGUUACACAUAAGGCCAGAGUAGCUCUUCUCUGUCCCCUCCUGACCUGUGUUCAGCUGUGGGGAGUCUACAGUUUGGUGUGGGCUGGGUGCUCUGGCCACUCCCCUUCUCUAGCAGCUCUGGAAGGGUGACUCUAGCUGCAGGAGACUCGGGUUUGAGAGGGUACACGCGAAGCUUCCAUAAACAGCACUGCCAAAGCUUUGGGACCGUGCCCAAGGCUACCCGGACUCCCUACCUAGCCUGAGUUCUAAUUGCCAAUAGUCCCCACAGUGCCAAACUUGGGAGAAUGUUACAGUGUUUGAGGAAUAAGUUGAUGCCAGCCCCAGGCCCUCUUGAACCCUAGCCCUGCUGCUCCCCUGGCGAUCUGUCCUCCUCAGGUGGGAUAGGGUGAGAGGGCAGGGGCAGGGAUUUUAAAGAACUCACUGCAUUUGCAGUUGUUUAAUCAUAAAAAUAAAUUAUACGGACCUAGAACAAUCCAAAGCUAGUUCCUGAGACCUGUAUUUCUAAACUGUGACCAGCUUUGCCCAAGCCCCUCUGGAUCACUGUUCUACCAUAUGGCCGUGUGCACUCAAUCCUGGUGGCUGGUACGCUCUGCCCCUUGCUGUGACUGGAAGGGACUGGCCCCUUGAAUCUGGUGUAUGUCAAAACAUGACCAAGAGAAGGCUUGGUGACAUAAGCACAGCUUCUGUGAUGCAGGAGUAGUGACGUGGACAUUUUGCACUGCCGCCGAUGACAGCACGGGAGUGCUAGCAUUGAUGUUUUCAUCCUCUGAGGAGGCUCCAGGGAACUGGCCGCACUGUUGGCCGGAGCUUCUGGAAAUGCAUGAAAGAGUCACAAAAGGAGUGACCUUUUUCCUCUGCCAGGUGUACUUUGAUUUCCCUGUUUGUUUCUUCUCAUGGUCCUCCUCUUCCUGAUUUCAGAGAUUUUUUUUUCCUUCCUUUGACCCAGGAUUACACAGAUCUCCCUGGAAUAGUCGUCCAAAAUAGCCUUUGUUUGUUACACCAGCACUCCUGAUUCAGCUCUUUAUGCUGGUCAGAUAGGGUGGGGGUGGGCGGUAUGAACUAUGAACCCUGAACAGCCUCUGGUUACAUCAUUCUCAUUUAGGACUUUGGGCUAGUUGGGUGCAUCUUGCAGGAAUAGAGGAAUCUAGCGGUCCUCAACACGGUCCUCAACACAAGAGAACACGUAUGCUAAAAAUGUUUUUUCAGGUACAUGGUUUUCUUGUCAGAGAAGUUGGGGGAACCAUACUUCACAGUGCGAAAUAAAUUCAUGACCAAGCUAAAUGUCAAAUAGGAGAGGAGAAAACGCAUACAGAGCCCUAACAGAGUGUCUGUGAGCUUCAUGUUUUCCAAAUGAACUCGAUCACAGACAUGUCUGAGUGACCCUCCUGACAUUUCAGUGGGCUCUUCAUUACCACCUUGGAAUGACGGUUUGUAAAUCAGAAGCACUGAGCUCUCGCCUGCAAGGCUGGCUUACAGUAGAAGCAGUAUUGGAAUGUUAUGAUUUAAUAUGACUGACAGUCUCCCAUUGACAGCAGAAGGCCAGCAGGCAUAUUGAAAGGUCUCCCUCCUUUUCUGUAAGAAGCAAGGGCUUUGUCAUGCUGGGCUAUUCUUGGCUGGGCUACCACAGCCUUCAGUUGUUUCUCUGCUUUCCAAAUUAAACCAAAAUGUUUGUUUUUUCUCAUCAUUGACACACACCAAAAAAAGAAUGCAUGCUUGAUUUUAAUUUGUUUUUGACAUUUUAACUAUUUUUAAUGUAUAAUAGAAAUGUCACCUGUUAAUAUUAACACACACUUAUUAUCUUUCCUCUCUUCACACCAGACUCUGUGAAAUAAUUUGCAAUCUAGAAUUCAUACAUCCUGAAAUUCAUAUCCUAUGUUAGCCCUUCUUUCAUACACACACACACAUAUACACACACGCACGCGCACGGUUAAGUCUGGCAACUUAUAAGGCUUGGCCAUAUUUCCCUAGACGUUAUCCUCUGCCUUGUCAGUUUGUUUGUCUGUGGCUUUUUUUUAGGGGAGGGGGAAGAGAUGGGCAGCUGUAACAAGUAGCCCAGAUAGAUCUAUGGGUGAAACACAGAACAGAAUAAAUCUGGGAUACAGUCAUUAAUUUACAACGGCAUCCAAUAUUUUGAGGAAUAUGCCACCUAUAUUAUAAAAAAUAAAACUAAAGCUAAAAAUAGCAUCCAUUAAACUAAGCUAUAGAUUGCAAAAGGGCAGGGACAGUUGCUCCGGUGGGGUCCAUAGGUACAUUUCUAACUGUCCCCUAAUACAAACACAUUUGCAGAGUCUUAGGACGCCACCGCUUUGUCCGUUAUUUGUUCUGUUUACCACUGCUGAGCUGCAGACUGUUAGUCAAGUGUUAUAAUCAUGCUGUCCGUUUGGUAACAACUGCACAUCACUUGUACACUCUGAGUUAAGGUCACGGAGACGCACGUGUGCUGUUCGUCUCAACAAAUCGUCACAGGCAUGUUUGCUGCUCAGAAUUUCACCAAGAAGCAAGCAGAAGGAAUAGAUCAUAUUCAGGGGUGUAUUUUCAUGUAUUCUAGAAGUCUUGUAUUGUUUAACCCCAGAAUCUUGUAUAUUUGCCACAUCUAAAUACAUAUUGAAAACUUCCAAAGACCAGCAUCCUUCGCCUUUGCACAAGCGGCUCAUGUAAUGGUUCUGGUAGCAGCUUGGGGCUAGCAGGUUUGGGGGAAGGGCAGGAAAAUCUUCCUGAUCCUCACAGUGCCUCUGCCCAUGAGGAUCUGUGUCUGCCACACAUUAUCACGACGUUCCCGACAAUCCAGAUGUUUAAAUGGGAGAGCUUGCAUUCUUUCAGACCAUUUAAUUAGCCCAUUCAUAAUUUGAAGUGCGUUCCCACAGAAGCAAAGGGAGAAGCCUUGGUCCAGCACUGGGGUGAUGGUGGGUAAGUGCGGAGAAACUGAAAGUGGGUUUCCAGAUGCCUGUGCAGAUGUGCUUUGGCUAGUAACUUCUGACUCGUGUAGGAAGCAUGGUAGAGACAGGAGGUGCUAUUCUUGAAGACAUUUACUGAGUCUUUAAAAAGGAAGCCUCAUUUUCAACAGUGAAAGCUGUAAAUUGAGUCCCAACCCCCUUUUUUUCCAAUGGAAUCUGGGAGGGUGUGGUCUCACCUCUGCAUGGCACCACCUUAUUCUCUUCCUGCCCAAACCCUGGAUGUGGCUUUUCUUAGAACAUUUGCAUUUUCAAAGGAAUGUCCCUUUUUAUACUUUUGAAAGAUACUAACGGAGAUGAAAUGGUUUACACAUGCUGGUAAUUUUCCAGAUGUCAGCUGUCAACAGGAAAGCAGUGACUGCCUGCUCGAUAACAGGCAGUUCCACAGAUGUCAACUGUGCAAUACAAAGUCACACUGCUCUCAUAAUUUUUAAUUAGCCUGAUAGAAAUCCCAUGUCAAUUUUAAGUUUGCCUCAACCUAUGUAAGGACAAAUAGAGACAGCUUAGAAUAGUGCGCUUUUGUCCCGUGGAGAAGAUCUAAACCAUGGGACAGUAGACAAUACUAUCUGACAGGCACCAAGGCUGCACCCAGUAGUGUCUAUCUUUCAUCCAGAUCCUUUUACCUUAAACUAUAAAGUUGGAAAGAUGCCAGGACUUCAUUUCAGAGUGGUAGAGGGCUCCUAAGUCCUUAACUCCUACCGUGUUCUUUUAAAACUGUGCCUUUUUGAAAGAGAUUGGGACUAUCUUGCAUCAUUGGGAUGUAGAGCAUCUAGGGGCCAGGAUGAGGGGGCAGAGCCACCCUAACGGAGGGACAAUGGAACCUGCAUUUGGUUAGAGUCUGAUGAUUCACAUUGCUGGUCACUAGCUUUUACAUGUUGCCUGUCUGGCUGUCCAGCUGUCCCUCUCGAGGUUCCUUGGCUGUUGGGCUUAUCCCUGUUUCUAUGUGAGCAUCUUUUUGACAAUGGAUUGUCUAAAAUAGAACACUGUGGUAAUGCAUGGCACCACUUUUUAGCAUCUGUCCUGCCUCCUCACAGAAGGUAGUGAAAGAAUGCCUGAAGUUGUCCCCGGCCUGGCAGGGACAGUGGGUAUGCGUGGCCUCGACAGUGGUCUGGUGGAAGCCAGGUUUCCUGUCCUCCAAAGAGAGAGGACAAGAAGGAAAGGUCACCUUGUACUAUGUGGUUGGGUUUUGUUUUGUUUCUUUUCUAUUUUUGGUCCUAAGAGACUAUAAAUCGUAAUGCCCCAAGAGCAAACCCGGGACUGGGAGUGUUUAUCAUCCAUCUCCUGACCAUGUGAACAGCAAAUUUGUCAUUUGGAAAGCUAGCCUAUUUCAGUAGUACAAUUACUUAACUUCAAAUGCAAGCAAACACUAAAUGUCAGAUUUUUUUAACAACAAAAAAUGGUCUCUUAGCAUUACACAUUCCAAGUUCUAAACAUAUGAUUCAUGUUUUGUACUUUGAACAAGAAUAGCAAAAUCUAUUUUCUGUAUGAGGGGGGGAAAACUAAAUAUCAGCCAUGGGAUUUUUUUUAAACCAAAGAAGCAGUGGCUUUUAACUUCUGCCAGCCCCAUCUUCUUCCCUACACUAUUGAGCCCCGCUGGGUUACACUCAUCGGCUUACUCAUCGGAACAGCACCUCACAGGAAUACGGAGUCAGCGUUUACAGAAGAACCCUCACUAGUUUCUGAUACGAUCAAGGCCAGGGGCGGGGCAUAAUACAGAAAGGAGGAAGAGGAAGGGAAAGAAGGAAGGGACCACUGUCAUAGCUGAGUAGUAGUUUCUGUGAAUGGUAGCAUAGCUCAGAGGUUCUGAGCUUGUCCUGAGCCAUCACUGGACAUGCUGGCUUUGUGUAAGUUCUUCUUAAAUCCACUUGACAUCACGACAUUCUUUCCCUUGGCAGCGGGUCCUUCCUACGUAAAACAUCAGAACAGGUUGUUUAUCAGAAGAUACCAAGAUCCAUAAUGUAUCAGCCAGGUUUAAAAACUCUUGACAUGUUUAAUGAUGAACUCACAGGUCAACCAGGCUUUCUGACGUCAGUCCCCAAAACCCAUCUGUAGAUCAGAACCUUGCCGAAACCUCUGUGCACUAGGCGCUACUUAGGGCGUUUCAUUUCUACUGUCCAUACUUGUCUCUACGAGACAUGAGAAAGUGCAAGGCUGCGAGAGGGGGUUGGGUAGAGCUCGGAGCAGGUACAUGACAUGUCAUUUGGUCCCUUUGAUGUGCUGGGUAGAGUUGGCGUUGUAGAGACCGCUGUGUUCAUGCAAUCACUAAUUCUAUGUUGUAUACAAAUAAACAGCUAAAAGAGAAAAAGUAAACCCAUUAAAGCUAUUAAACUAUAUGUUCCUAC